AUGAGAAAAGAGGCGAGGCGUUUUCUGGGCGCGCUUGCAAAGCGGUGCCAGCUGGCGGGCAGCAACCUGGUGACCACGGCGCAGCUGUACUCGCUGGCUGAUGACCUGGACCUGGCCGUCCCCGACACUGGAGCCUUCAUCGGCGAGCUCAAUGAGGCCGGUGCGGGCUGCACACAAACCACCUGA